AGGCGCGUCAUGAUCAUCACGAGGGGGACGCGCGGCGAUGUGCAGCCCUACGUGGCGCUGGCCCGCGGGCUGGUCGGGAAGGGCUGCGAGGUGACCCUGGUGACGGAGCUUGCCUGGAGGCCGUUCAUACUUGGCGCGACGCGCGAUCUCCGCCCAGGCAGCCUUCAUUUCAGGCCCUCGGGGGGCAACACCAUGAGGCAGACGCAGUCGACGCUGGCAGUGACAGCGCUGCGGUGGGGGCAGCACCUGGACUCGAUUCAGGCCUUGGCGCUGUCGCAGUCGGAGAAGAACUUCUUCGAUAGCGAGGGGUGUUUUUUCUAUUGGGCUUGGGAGGAACGACCAGACUUCAUCGUGUUCGGGUUCACUGUCACUGAAAUCGCCAUGAUCAUCUCGGAGGCCCUCGAGAUACCUCUGGUUGGUUUCUUCCUGCAGCCAGUGCACGAGAUCCAGCGCAGGGACGAGAACCCAACCAGGGUCGUGGACCAGCUGCUCGGCCCCGUGCGUGAGGGGAUCGACAGCGCGGAGUUCAACGCCGCGCUGAUGCAGAUCAUGGAGCGCCUGCCCGAUGGAGGCAUCACUGUGAACCGGAUGCGCAGGACGCGCGGCCUCGGCAGGCGGCCGCGCGGCGUGUACAAUUUCUUCCUGCAGUACCACGAGCUCACCACGCAGCGCAUCCCUCAGGUGGUUCCCAUCAGCGAUGUCGUUCUCGGGGGCCAGGCGGACCAGAUGCGGUCCGAAGGGAUGACGCUCACGAGCUUCAUCUUCCUCCGGAGCCGCAGCGGCGGCGGGCUGGACCGGGACGUGGCCGACUUCGUCGACGAGGCGAAGAGUGCCGGCAGGAAGGUUGCCAUUAUGGCCUUCUCCUCGAUUCGAAGAGCACAAAGCGCGGAAGAUCCUCCAGGCAGCCGCGGCGGUCUGCGAGCUGUGCCCUGUGGGCGAGCGGCACGAGGGCCUCCCGACCCCAGCCAUGAUCGCGAUGGUCGGCGGGCAGGGCUUCGACCCCGUGGCCCGCGACGGCGAGCUGCACCGCAGGGUGGAGCGCCUCGAGAGGGAGCGGCGGCUGCUGGUGCUGCGCAAGGGUGUGGACUUCGGGGAGCUGUUCCCGCGGCUCGACGCCGCGGUCGUCCACGGCGGGCUUGGCAUCACUUCGGAGGUGCUUGCCGCGGGCAUCCCGGCGGUGGUCAGCGGGAUCCUGCUGCUGGACCAGCGCUACUGGGCCGCGCGCGUGCGGGACCUCGGCAUCGGGCCCGAGG